AUGUCUUUCUCCUCAUCUGUCCGUCUGUUCUUCCCCAAAUUCCCCACUUCUUCCCCAAUUUUCAAAUCCCUAAUUCCUCCUACUUUCCUACUUUCACCACCGAAGAAUCUUGUACCUAUCAAAACGAUAACGAUCCAAUCGAUACCCACAAGACUAUCUCCCCCGAAUUCGACUUCACCGUCUUCAUCGGACCAGAACACCCUCCAACCCAUAGAAGAACUCCCCAAAAAGCUGCAAGAAAUCGUCAAUCUCUUCCAAUCCGUACAGGAUCCAAGAGCCAAAUACGAGCAGUUAUUAUUCUAUGGCAAAAAGCUUCAGCCCCUUGAAGACCAAUUCAAGACUAACGAAAACAAGGUCAUAGGUUGCGUUUCUCAGGGCUUAGCAGCUUUACUGGUUCAAGAAGCUGAGAAAGGGAUUGAAUCAUCAACCCAGAUUCAGACCCCCAUCAAAGAACUGGAAUCUGAUUCAAAAAUUGAGAACCCUGUUGAGAAUUCGAAUAUUGAUGAUGGUGAUUCAAAAAGUGAGAACCCUAAUGGUGUUUUGGGAAGUAGAGGACAGAGGAUAUCAGAGAUUUUAAAGAGGGAGCUUAAACCGAUCGAAUUGGAGGUCAAAGAUGUAUCAUAUCAGCAUGCUGGACAUGCAGGGGUGAGGGGUAGUAAUGGGGAGACACAUUUUAAUUUGAAAGUGGUUUCAAAGGAGUUCGAAGGGAAGAGUAUGCCAAGACACCUAAUUAAGAUGAUGAAGUGCAUUCUUGAAAUGAGGCAUCAUUCACAAAAAAGAAAAAGGCAAAUAACGACUUCCCAUAUGAACAAUUUCUACUUCGUCUUGGAAAUAUCGUGUUCAUUCAUGCUAGCAUCAUACACAACACCUUGUAAUCCGGAUUCAGUUGAAUCUUUGCCUUAUCAGCAAAAGUAUUCCCCACCGGAUCUUUUGUCAAAUAUCUUCCAUGUUCUCACCAUGAUUAGCAUUGUGUCUAUGGUUUAG